AGGUCAAAUAAGAUCUUCUACUAUUAUGAAACCGUCAUAUAAGAUCAUGUUGGGAAAAUGUGUUAAAAUUGCAUUACAUGGUAAAAAAACGAGCAGAAUUUUGAGUGGAUCCCGCUUCCGAUUUGGAUCGGGUCAAAGUAGUUUCGGACCCCCUUGCUAAGGGCUUCGAUUCGGUAUAUGGCACACUCAAAACGGAUAACGGGUGAAUGAGAAAUUGAUUCUGGAAUGUCACUCAGGAGAAAACUAGGAAAAGAUGGGGAUCCGUUCAGGAUGAGCGAGAAGCUCUGGGCCUUCUCCCUACGGCGCCCCAACUUCUGCGAGGGGCGACGAGCACAUCCAGGGAGGCAGAGUGAUCGCUGGGAGUGCGAUUUUGGAGGGCGACACCGUGGGAUUUGCAAUGGGCGCCAUGGAGCUUAGCGAAGGGCGAGGCGUGACAGACUCCAAUCUAGCAGGGACUUCGACUGGCAGAACGAUUUUGCGAGGUGCUGUUGGAGAAGAAAUCGAAAAUUGGAGCCAGGUUUGAUACGACGAACAACGGGCACCUCAUCGCAGACCUGCUUCAGGGAUGUUGGAAUUCACAAAGACAUGAGGCAAAAGGUUUUCCAGAAGAGACAAUCAGGGGGGGAGUCUACUGAAGGUAAACAUCGCCGACUGAAGCGUUUUCAAUUUACCAUUGAAAGUAAAUCGUUCUAAUUUGAUAUCGUUGGUUUCAAUUACUUAUGCAUACCUGAGAUGAAGCGGGGGGUUUUGUCAACAAUUGAUUUCGAUCUGGAAAAGCUCAGAUGGUUGAGAGAUGCUUUGGUUAAAAUUUUAAGGGAUAAAUGGGGUAGUCAUAAACUAGAAUUUGGAAAUUCUCUAAUUGUUCAAGUAGAUUCUAAUUGUUUCGGGGACUUUAUUCGGAUAAUAGAGAAGAAUUGUGACUCUCUUUUUGUUCCGGAGGGUCGAAAAGAAGUAGGGAUUGAGAACUUUUUGAUACGGUUAUCGACAUCAAUCAAAAUGACGAGUGCAUCCGAACAGCGGACAAUGCUACUUGCACAGGUAUGGUGGUACCAUCAGAUAUGGGUUAUCCUCGACCCUGUUAAACAAAGUGGCUUACAUACCAUCAGAAGAAGAAGACUUCACGGUUGUUGUUUCCAAAAAAUCCAAAAGGCGCAAUGAAUCAACACCUAUGACUAUUGAGACCAUGCAGCAAGCGUGAUUGCACAACAUCAAACAACAUACCCAAUAGCGAACCCGACUCAACUACUCCAACACAGAUUAUUAAUCAUCUACACUCGUGUUUUCCUCAUUAAUUUUUUCUGUCUCUCCAUUUACUUUCUACCUUCGGAUGUUUUUACUUGGACUGUAAUUUGUUGAUAUGGUUUGUCUGAUCUGAUCUGGUUUGAUCUGGUCUUGUCUGGUUUCUUUGUAUUUUUAUAACUAUCCAAGUCUGAUCUGGUCUGGCCUGGUCUGGUUCGGUUUGGUCUAAGAUAGAUUACAGUCCAAGUAAAAACAUCAUUCAUUAGCGUUUGUAUUUUGUUUCUUUGCCCAAUUCAUCCGAGUAAGGUUGCCACCCUAGGAAAAGAUGGGUUUCUAGUGGGACUUAUCCUAGACUGGAAAAACAAAGGGAUUUUCAUCCCUUUAUAAAGGUCUUCACGCGCAGGGGGUGCUAAUCAAAUCCCGAAAACCGUAAAGAAAAACCGUGAUGCAUGCGCGGGCAACCUGCGGACAUGAAUGUCAUCCUCAAAUUUAUCUUACAAAGAUAAGAUUUAAUUUUUGUUUCAACAGUCACCAGUAGCCUUUCAGUUUGCACGUAUUUUUCAGCGAAAAAAUGCCUCCAAUUUUCUGAAAAAUCUUUGUUGUCCUUGCUUAGUUUCCGUUUGCCGGAACAAUCGAUUGUGUGCUCAUACGAUUGUUCGUAACAACAGUAUCCUGGGAAACUAUCAUUGCAACACUCUUACCACAGCGGGAGACAACAAAUAGGUUUUGAGUGUUGCACAAGUUUUGACAUCUUGUUUAUAUUUUCUUGGC